AUGGCUGAAGUACUCGCGCCCGUAACCCAGCCGAACUCCUCUAUCGCUAUGCUACACUCUUCGUCCUCGGGCGACGCGCAGUCUCACCACCAGUCGUCGUCGUCUCGAUCCUCCAACAUGCCUCGCACCCAGUACUACAACACCCCCGGCGGCGGCAUAGGGUACAGAGGCUCCUCGGCAACGCCUGUGCAGGCCUACGCCUUCCAGCAGACACCCCAGCUGCGCCAGGAGAACCGCUCGACCUCGGCACCUGUGAACCCCUACUCGCAGGCCCAGGCUUUCUCGACCACCCUUGCCCCGACCAAGCAGGGCCACGCAACCCACCCCUCGUCCUCGUCGGGCUCCACGGCCUCUUCCUCCUCCUCGAAUCAAUCGUCCACACGCCAACGCUCCGGCUCGAAAGACGAUUCCGCCCUGUCGCAUCCGCGAACCAAGUCGGCGAGCUCGAGCGUCGACUCGUCACGGCAACUGUCGGCCAUCAACCUGUCGACAUCGGUCCCGGACCUUACGCUCACUUCCUUCGACACUCCCGCGAAAACCUCUCCCGACCGAUACCGUCGCUCUCGCAACACCUCCGGACCGUCCAGCCCGUCAUUGCCCCAGGACUCCAAGUCGGCAGCGCCGUCGGGCUCUGGCAUGGCGGGCGUGGCCCACCUCUACAAGAAUAACGCACCAAACCCUCGUCCAGGCCACAAUAGGACUUCUAGCAUGGAUGACAGUGUGUUGCCUAGGGCAAACUCGGAACAGGCGAAAAGAUAUAGACGGAGGAGUUUGAAUAAUUUUGAGGGGGUCACCAUCCAGCAAGGAACCCCGACUUGGGCUCCGCAGCAACGUCAAGAUGCGAGGCUCGGUGCUCACAAGAACAACAGUGGCGAGAGCAUCUCAUCGGGAAGCAAUUCCACCAGACCUUCUUCCUCGAAGCGCGACAAUGCACAAACUUCUGCUGGGCCACCUUCUCCCAAGGGUGGGCAGCAAUCCCGCUCGCCUAAUGUGCCUGCCCGUGGAUCCUCUACGGACGCGACAAAGCGUGUAGCGAACCCGUCCCCUCUCUCGAAAACAGCUUCCGGUGCCGAAGCUCCUCCUGGUAGCUCCGGGAGAGGGUCAGCCGCCGAUGCUGUUGCCGGAGCCAAGAGCCCUGCUGCUCAACAUCUUACGGCUCUGAACGAGAAGGAGAAGGGCGUCAAGUCCCGCCUACGGAGAGCCUUCUCUUUCGGCAGCGCAGCUGAGCUUCGCAAGGCUUCCGUAGAGAACGCCUCGUCGGCACGGAUGCACCAGAGGGUUCAGCAGCAGGAGGAGAUUGAUCCGGAAGAUGCGGCCAUUGCAGCGAAGCAGGAAGCUGCUGGCAUCGGCAACAGCAUCUACUCUGGUCAGGGAGGAGUGUUCUCUAGCUCCACGGAUAACCUGUCCAUCCAAUCCACUGCAUCCUCUGCAUCGGUAAUGCUCCGAAAGAUGGGCAAGGGUAUGAAGAAGGGCGGUCGCUCGUUGAAAGGAUUGUUCAGACCAAAGUCCGUCAUUGGUGUUCCUGCCGCGGACUCUGCCGUCCAAGCCUCUGUGGGCCAGGUGUCUAUGGUCAAUGUGGAGGCUGAGAGGGAAAAGGUGAACGUGAAUGUGAGCCCGGCGGAUCAGGCUGGUGGUGGCACUGGCUUUCCUAAGCUUGAGCGCAAUUCGCUCGAGGUCUCCUCAGUAUCCGAGCGGCCGUCAUCGGUUGGCGGUGCCGGUGCCGAUGGCUCGAGGAAGAGCAUCAUGGGUGGCGAGAGGGAGCGUGCUGAGGUCUUGGCUGCCGUCAGAAAGGGCAUCCUCAAAAGAACUGGCACAGACAGCCCUUCGCCUCAGGUUCGUCCUGCGGACGGCGCACCGGGCUUCACGCACAACCACGACACUCCGAACUCAAGUGCACCAAGCACGCCGGGCGAUGACAACAGACCUAAUCUGGCUCUGGGAGGCGACGACUACUUCGUGGGCGCCUCGCGUUUCGCAGCCGGGAGCUCCAGGAGCCUUCCCACCACGCCCCAUGGCGGCCCCCGCAACAUCAGCUUCAGUCCCCGCAUCCAAUUCCACGAUGCCUUCUCCAGUUCCGAGUAUGACAGGCGGGGAGACAUUGCGACGUGCAACCGUCUCACGCCGCUGCUUGCUCAACAGAUCAAGGAGGAGAUCAACACCUUCAAGAUGGAAAUGGAAGUCCACGAGAUGUCGAAGCCUCACACACAUUUCUUCUAA